AUGUCUUGUUCCUCGAGUUCCACCGAAGAACAUAAGAAGAAUGACUGCAACGAAAUGAAUACUAUGGUCAACAUGCUCCAGAGGAGUAUUGAGGGCGUACAAAAUUCCUUCAGUACCGUCUACUCCGCUUUGGCUAAGAAUUUAAAACAAUCUCUUGACACCAUGCAAGCCAUGAAUUCGGUGAUGGAACAGUUUUUAUUAUCCAACAUACGUAUUUCAACUAAAAUUGAGCAGCUAGAUAAACAAAAAAAAUUCAUUCCUAGCUUGUUAACCGUCACCAUAGAAAAUACCUGUCGAUUCCCUGUGCCCAAUAUGUCUUGCAUCCUAAUAUUUGAAAAGAAAGGUGAAGACAAGCAAGUUAUCGUUGAGUUAGAAUGCAUUGAAACUACCAUGCAGGAAAUUUCAGAACCAGUGACAGUAUCAAGACAUUCAUCCUCGAUAUUUGCGAACGAAAUGCAGUCUUUUACAUUGCCUCCUCAAACGAAGAUCAUUGAAAAAUUGUUACUGGCACCGUCCGAGCUUCUACAACGUGAAAUACAUCAGUAUAACGUCAAGGUUAUCGCGAGUUUUCCAAGUCCUGGCACCGGUAAAAUCUUACAAGCUGAACAUAUGUUUGGUCUAUAUAUAAUUGAUCAGUGUGAAAAACGUUUAUAUGAUAACAAAGCAUUGUUUGACAAGAACCUAAACCGUAUCACCGUCAAUUUCUCGCCGCACGUAUUACGUAAAUUGUGGAACGUACAUCCCAGCAUUGGACUGUGUGAAGAGUUGACCUUUGAAGUCGUUUGGAAUAAUGAAUUAUGGAUAUUCAUAUGCAUUAAAGAAUGGAUUGGUGAUGAAAGGUCUUUGGUAAAAUGUGAAGUAUCCGGAGUCACACUAAUUGGAACCGAACUCGUGAUGAAACUUGUUGAAGAAUUAAAAGUGUUGGGAGAAAUGGAAAAAUAG